AUGGGCAACUCAGACUCAAAACUCUCUCCCUACCAGCUCUCAGACGAAGAGCUCCAAGCUAUCCCUACAAUCAUCCGCAUGACAUACCAAAGCUCAUGGAGGAAAUAUGCCUGCUGCUUCACAAGCAGAAACAUCAGUCUUGGUCCACCCGACGCUGAGCCCAUGUAUACCCUUAGCUUCCUUCGAGGUUUAUACGGCGAUAUCAUUAUCCAUAAGGGUCCCAACUCCGACUCGGCUCCCAUCGCAACAUCUUCAAGAAUCAAGCAAUACCACGACGAUUACCUCAUCACACUACCCUCCCCUACAGGCCAUGGUGUCCAUGAAGAGACUCUACGCCGACCCCAGGGACUGAAGGGUCGUUUCUGGUUCGGCUGUCUAGUCGGUAACGGUCCAGAGCAGCGCGUCGAGCGUUUUGAAUGGCGUCGCUCGCGCGGUGCUGAAGUCAAGAGUGUCGGACAGUCACGAUGGGGUGGCUACAAGCUCGUGCGUCUCGGAAGCACCGACACCAAGGAGGAUUACUCGUCCAGCGAGGAUGAUCUUGCUGAUGAGAAGAGCAACAGCGGCGAGGGUUAUACCAGUGACGGCAAGGAGAUUGUGGCAGUCUGGGGAAAUGCCAGCUGCUGGAAGACCAUGUCUGGCGUUGGAGAGCUUCAGUUCCGAGGAAGCGGUGCGACAGGCGAGUUGGGAAAUAUGUGGGCUCUUAUGACUGUCAUGAGUUGCAUGUCUAUCUGGCAAAAGGUCCAGAGGGAUAACGCUACAGCUGGUGCGUCGGCUUCUUCAGCUUCUGCUAGUUCAGCCGCGGUUGCUGCGGCCGUAUCCUAA